CCACGCGUGCCUCUCUCCGCUGCUGUCGAGCCGCCGAUGCUCAGCCUGACAACACCCACCCAGCGAUGGCUCCUCGCCUCUCGCCACGGUUCUGACCCGUUACCGAGCGGCCCCCGGGGGACGGGGGAGCGAAACAUGGCCGGCCGUGAGACACUUUACGCGGGGUGGGAGAAGCCCCGGAGAGCCACGCUGCCGAGCGGCUGAAUUCCACACAACACGAGACCGAAUUGUUCAUCUUCAAAGACUUCGUCAUCCCGUCGGUACUGUUCGUACUGGAACCCACGAGAGAUGAUCACGGAGCUGCUCUGCACCGCCGUGGCCGUGGGGGUGUACGUGAACACGCUGGAUGCCGACUUCUGCUACGACGACAGCCGAGCCAUCAAGACCAACCAGGACCUUCUCCCAGAGACCCCAUGGACCAACAUCCUGUACGACGACUUCUGGGGUACCCUGCUCACCCACAGCGGCAGCCACAAGUCCUUCCGCCCGCUCUGCACCCUCUCAUUCCGCCUCAACUACGCCCUCCAUGGCCUACAUCCCCGAGGUUACCACCUCCUCAACGUGGCGCUGCACGGUUUGGUCACAAGCGCAUUCACCGCCUUCAGUCGCCCCCUGCUGGGUGGAGGACUGUGGAGUCUGCUGGCCGGGCUCCUGUUCGCCACUCACCCGGUGCACACGGAGGCGGUGGCCGGCGUGGUGGGGAGGGCCGACGUGGGCGCCGCCUUGUUUUUCUUGCUGUCUAUUCUCUGCUACGCGAGGCACUGCGGGCUGCGGGCGACGCUCCAGACCCGACUAGGCUGCCGGGUGUGGAUGCUGGGAAGCCUGUGGGGGGCGACGGCGAGCAUGCUUUGGAAGGAGCAAGGGGUGACGGUGCUGGCCGUGUCGGCCGUCUACGACCUCUUCGUCUUCCACAGGCUCACGUUUCGUCAAGCGCUCCUGCUCCCGCUUGGAAAGAAGAGGAACCCGAAGCUUCUUCAGAGUUUGUGCAUUUUGGCAAGCUGGGGCGUCAUCCUGCUCUCUGCCCGUAUAUACUGGAUGGGCAACAAGCCUCCCAACUUCUCCAACUCGGACAACCCUGCUGCCGACUCCCCGCAUCUCCUCACUCGGGCGUUGACCUUCCUCCACCUGCCGGCUGCCAACGCCUGGCUGCUCCUCUGCCCGGAUAAGCUCAGUUUCGACUGGUCCAUGGACGCCGUGCCUUUAGUGAGGUCCUUGGUGGACUGGAGGAACCUUCACACGCUCAGCUUUUACGGUGCGUUCCUUCUCCUGGCUUGGUUCGCCUUCCACGGCCCUACCUCUAAAGGAAAGGAUGGGGAAUAUGUCGCCAACGGGAACGGCCACCACGCCCCUGACACGAACCACAACACUGACUUUUGUCCACCGAAGACGACUCUUAAUGGCUCAGGUGGACUUCACAUUGAUCCACCUCGGAUGUCCCUUCCUCCAACAGAAAAUCUUGUGAUCUUCUCACUGGCCUUAGUAUCGCUACCUUUUAUUCCAGCGUCCAAUUUGUUCUUUUACGUGGGUUUUGUCAUUGCAGAGAGGGUUCUGUACAUUCCCAGUGUCGGCUUCUGUUUACUGGUGGCAACCGGUGCAAGAACUUUGUACGUUAGACUCAAGAGAAGAGGCCACAAGGCCUUGUUGUUGGGUUUUUGUUUGGGGCUGGUGCUCCUGAACGGGCUGAGAACCAUUGAAAGGAACAAGGAUUGGAGCAACGAGGAGAAGCUCUACAGGUCUGGAAUUAGUGUCAACCCUGCAAAAGCUUGGGGCAACUUGGGUAACGUGCUGAAGAGCCAAGGCAAGAUGGCAGAGGCCGAGAAAGCCUACAGAAACGCCCUACACUACAGGAGCAACAUGGCCGACAUGCUAUACAACCUGGGAUUGCUGCUGCAGGAGAACGAGAGAUUUUCCUUGGCACUUCACUAUUACAAAAAGGCUAUCGGGAGUCGGCCCACGCUGGCGUCGGCGUACCUGAACACGGGCAUCAUCUUGAUGAACCGGGGCAGCCUGGAGGAGGCCAAACGGACUUUCGUGACGUGUGCCAACAUUCCUGACGAGAACCUGAAGGACCCUCACACCCACAAGAGCUCGGUCACCAGCUGCCUGUACAACCUGGGGAAGAUGCUGCACGAGCAGGGCCAGCAGGAGGAGGCCAUUUCUGUUUACAAGGAGGCGGUGCGGAGGAUGCCCAGACAGUUUGCACCACACAGCCUCUUCAACAUGAUGGGAGAAGCCUACAUGAGGCUUAACAAGCUGGAGGAGGCAGGCCACUGGUACAAGGAGUCCCUCAGGGCCAAACCGGACCACAUCCCGGCCCACCUCACUUAUGGCAAGCUUCUGUCCAUCAUGGGUCGAACCACAGAGGCAGGAAAAUACUACCUGAGAGCCAUCGAGCUUGACCCCAUGAGAGGAAACUGCUACAUGCACUACGGGCAGUUCCUGCUGGAGCACUCGCGACUCCCCGAGGCGGCGGAGAUGGCGGAGAGAGCGGCCGAGUUGGACAGCUCAGAGUUUGACGUCGUCUUCAGUGCAGCACACAUGCUCAGACAGGCCAGCCUGAACGAGGCGGCGGAGCGGCUGUACCAGCGAGCGGCCGGCCUCAGACCAGACUACCCGGGUGCCCUCAUGAACCUCGGCGCCAUCCUGCACCUGAACGGAAAACUGUCAGAAGCUGAGAGCAACUACCUGAGAGCCUUGGAGCUCAAACCUGACGACGCCAUCACCCGCUCUAACCUACGCAAGCUGUGGAACAUCAUGGAGAGGCAAGGCCUGGUCACCAGGAAGACGGAAGAACUUCCGUGACAACCUUUUUUAGUACUGCAAAGGACGUUUGUGGUCUGCCACAGCGUGACUCGGCAGACGACUCAAACCAACGUUGCUCGUUUUGUGAAGUCGUGAAAUCCACUGAAUUUUUUAAAAUGUAUUUAAUGGCGGACCUCAAUGAGGCGUUGAAAUGAAGAAAGUGACUCUCUUGAAAACAACCCUGAAUGCCCGGUAAUUGUGAUGUUUGAUAUGUUACUGAGGUACAGUACACAUAAAAACAACACAGUUUGUGCAUUUGGACUACUUGUGACUGUAAAAAAAACAAAAAAAAAAAAACAGAUCAUGGUGCCAAAGUUUGAACGCCUUUUGUGCCCGCUAAGAAUUCAGAAUUAGCUUUUUUGCAGAUGUAAUCACACCCACUUAUCUUUGUCCAGGUACAGCUGCAUUCCAAAGUGGGUUAAAGUCAUUUUCCACUUGAUUAAUCUUGACACAAAAUUUCCCGCAAUGACAAAGUAGUUAGUGAAUUAGUGAAUUAUAUUUAUAUAGCGCUUUUUCUCAAGUGACUCAAAGCGCUUUUACAUAGUGACACCCAAUAUCUAAGUUACAUUUAAACCAGUGUGGGUGGCACUGGGAGCAGGUGGGUAAAGUGUCUUGCCCAAGGACACAACGGCAGUAACUAGGAUGGUACACGCGGGAAUCGAACCUGCAACUCUCAAGUUGCUGGCACGGCCACUCUACCAACCGAGCUAUGCCGCCCAAAAACCUCUAGUUCAAUUGUUUUUCAAUGGUUUGCAAAUUCUUUAACAAUGAACAACUGAAAUAUUAAACAUGCGUGUACAGUAGCACAAAACUGUUACUUUAGAAUCCAGUUGCAUUAAAAAACGGAUUCAAAUUUUCCGACUGCAGAAUACACACAAAAUAUUGCACAAUAACAAAUUGACAAAAAUGUUUGCAAAUUUCUUCAAAAUUAAAAACUUAAAAAUUGAAUAUGCAUACAAUAUCACAGACUACUUUAGGUUCCUAAAUGUAUUCGAUUGGCUCAAAAUGGAAUUAUAAAGUCGAGUAAAUAUUAGGGGUGUAAUGGUACAUGUGUUUGUAUUGAACCGUUUCGGUUCGGUUCGGUUUGGAGGUGUACCGACCGACACGGACAUAGUAAGUAGCGCACCGCACGUUUUGUAAACAACGCACACCGAGGCACCAUGAAUUGAUUUACCUAGACCCCGACUUAAAACAAGUUGAAACACUUAUUCGGGUGUUACCAUUUAGUGGUGAAUUGUACGGACUAUGUACUGUACUUUGCAAUCUACUAAUAAAAGUUUCAAUCAAUAAAUCAAAAAAAAAAUACCAACAACAUACGGCAUGCUAGCAGCGGCAGAGCUACGAUAGACUGACCACACCUCCUCUUUUCACCAGACAAGUCCUCAUUUGCAGGGCUGUCCGGGUGGAGUUUCUUAAAUGCCUCAAAUGUCCGGCAUUUUAAGUUAGGGUUGAGUGUAUUUUCAAUGUACGUUCAGGGUUAAGAAGGGGUUAAAAACAAAACAAAAAGUAGCGCCGCAGCAACAUUCGUGAGGGAGGGGGAGAGACAGAGAGAGCGAGAGAGUUAUGAUAAACGCGCAUGCGUCGCCAGGCUCUGCUUUUUACCCAUAGAUUUAUCAGAUUUUAUUUUUUAUUAUCUAUAGCAUUGGUGUCAAAAGUGGGCCCCGGAGGCCAUUUGCGGCUCAAGCCAAUGUUUUAAAGGCCCACGGCACAUACUAUAUUAAAAUAAACCAAAACAUAAACAAAAGUGAAAUAAAAAAGCUUAAAGGCUAAAUAUAAUUUAGAAAAACUUGCAACGUUGACUAACAAAAUAAAGCUGUUUAUUUUACUUUCAAACUGUCAUUGCUCAAAACAUAAUAUUGAAUCAAGAUCAAUGUUGUUAUGAAUUGUUGACCUAUCCAAGUUUCCCAUUACUUCACAUCAAAUAUUCCACUAAGAAAAAUAUUUUUGGUGGAAGAUUUACCAAUUUUUUAAAAUAAAUAAUCCAAAAAUGUAUAUUUAGUUUUUUUCUUACUGUACCGAAAAUUAACCGAAUCGUGACCUCUGAACCGAGGUACGUACCGAACCGAACUUUUUGUGUACCGUUACACCCCCUAGUAAAUAUAAUUGAAUUGUUUGUAAGUGUGUUAAAAACAAACCUUGUUCAUGUUUAAUAUCAACCAUUAUCACACUCUUAACUCUCAAGUUUCAGUUGUGUGUUUCAAAAUGCAUUGAAUACAUUUUUCAAACAAUUCUGCACAAUAUAUCACAAAAGUGGCAUGUUUACAAAAAUCACUAUUACUGUAGCUUCAACUAUUUUUUUUUUUUUGGACUGAAUUUGCAAAUAAUUACAGAAAAAACAAAACAUUUCACACUUUGUCAUUAUGGGUUAUUUUUAGUAGAGUUUUCAGCAGGAGUUAUUGAUUAAAAUAUUUUGGAAAAUAGCUGUAAGGUAAUAAUAACAACUGUGGUAAAAGUGAGAGGGAAGUGACUUAUGGAAGGCACUAGAUGUUUCUCGUCAUGGAUGUGAUCACAUGUUAAAACUUAAUUUAUUAAUUAAUGCUGUUUUUGUGGACUUGUAAAAACCGUCAUCACUUUGGCAGUUGUUAUAGAAACAAGCCAAACUUUUCCAUUUUUAUGGUAAAUGAGGUCAUGCACAGAGCCGUGCAUAAAGAGUAUGGCCAACUCGGUUUCAGGCGAUCUCUUCAUAGAUAUGAUUGCCGCAUCUUAAAAAUGAGUGUUUUUUUUACCUGAAAAUGAAUAAAGUAAUAUAAUGUAUAUAUUUUGUGUAUCUUUGGAAGGGUUACAAUAGACACCGACCUCUAUUUAAUAAUACAACUCUAACAUUUGACAACCAAACAAUUAAACAAGGCGACACGGUAAAAAAUCUGGGUGUUAUCUUCGACCCAACUCUCUCCUUUGAGUCACACAUUAAAAGCGUUACUAAAACGGCCUUCUUUCAUCUCCGUAAUAUCGCUAAAAUUCGCUCCAUUCUGUCCACUAAAGACGCCGAGAUCAUUAUCCAUGCGUUUGUUACGCCUCGUCUCGACUACUGUAACGUAUUAUUUUCGGGUCUCCCCAUGUCUAGCAUUAAAAGAUUACAGUUGGUACAAAAUGCGGCUGCUAGACUUUUGACAAGAACAAGAAAGUUUGAUCACAUUACGCCUGUACUGGCUCACCUGCACUGGCUUCCUGUGCACUUAAGAUGUGACUUUAAGGUUUUACUACUUACGUAUAAAAUACUACACGGUCUAGCUCCAUCCUAU